UCGCCAUAGCGACACGGCCUAGGCUGGGGGCGGCCUCGCUCGGUGCCGGCGGGCGGGGCGCUGGCGAGGGACAUCUGGGGCCGGCGGGGAUGAGCCAUGGCCUCCGUGAAGGUGGCCGUGCGAGUGCGGCCAAUGAACCGCAGGGAGAAAGAUCUUAAUGCAAAGUUUAUUAUUUCAAUGGAAAAAAAUAAAACAACAAUCACAAACUUAAAGAUACCAGAGGGUGCUACUGGAGACACAGGACGAGAAAGAACGAAAACAUUUACCUAUGAUUUUUCCUACUUCUCAGCAGACAGUAAAAGUCCCAACUUUGUUUGUCAAGAAAUGGUUUUCAAAAAUCUUGGUACGGAGGUGCUUAAAUCUGCUUUUGAAGGUUAUAAUGCCUCUGUUUUUGCAUAUGGACAGACGGGCUCUGGGAAGUCCUACACCAUGAUGGGAAAUGCGGGUGAUGCAGGUUUGAUACCUCGAAUUUGUGAAGGAUUAUUCAGCAAAAUAAGUGAAAAAACAAAGCGGAAUGAGGCAUCCUUUCGAACAGAAGUCAGUUAUCUGGAAAUUUAUAAUGAACGUGUGAGAGAUCUUCUUCGAAGGAAGUCAUCAAAAACUAAUAAUUUACGGAUACGGGAACAUCCAAAGGAAGGGCCGUAUGUUGAGGACUUGUCCAAACAUUUAGUCCAAAAUUAUGCUGAUGUUGAGGAACUUAUGGAUGCAGGAAAUAUAAAUAGGACGACAGCUGCAACUGGAAUGAAUGAUGUUAGUAGCAGGUCACAUGCCAUUUUCACAAUCAACUUCACUCAGGCUAAAUUUGAUUCUGAAAUGCCUUGUGAAACUGUUAGCAAGAUUCAUUUGGUAGAUCUUGCUGGAAGUGAGAGAGCAGAUGCCACUGGUGCCACAGGGGUUAGAUUAAAGGAAGGAGGGAAUAUUAACAAAUCUCUAGUUACUCUGGGAAAUGUAAUUUCUGCCUUAGCUGAUUUAUCUCAGGAUGCAACAAAUCCUCUUUCAAAGAAGAAACAAGUAUUUGUGCCUUACAGGGACUCGGUGUUGACUUGGCUAUUAAAAGAUAGCCUAGGAGGAAACUCCAAAACUAUAAUGAUUGCCACUAUUUCACCUGCUGAUGUCAAUUAUGGAGAAACUUUAAGUACACUUCGCUAUGCAAAUAGAGCCAAAAACAUCAUCAACAAGCCUACUAUUAAUGAGGAUCCUAACGUCAAACUGAUCCGUGAGCUGAGAGCUGAAAUAGCCCGACUGAAAGCCCUGCUUGCUCAAGGGAAUCAGAUUGCACUCUUGGAUUCUCCAACAGCUUUAAGUAUGGAAGAAAAGCUUCAGCAGAAUGAAGCAAGGGUACAAGAACUGACCAAAGAGUGGACUAACAAGUGGAAUGAGACUCAAGAUAUUCUGAAAGAACAAACUUUGGCUCUGAGGAAAGAAGGGAUAGGUGUUGUGUUAGAUUCUGAACUGCCUCAUCUCAUUGGUAUUGAUGAUGAUCUUCUCAGUACUGGUAUCAUCUUGUACCAUUUGAAGGAGGGCCAAACAUAUGUUGGCCGAGAAGAUGCUUUAACAGAACAGGACAUUGUUCUUCAUGGCCUUGAUCUGGAAAGUGAGCAUUGCAUCUUUGAAAAUCUCAAUGGUACUGUGAACCUCAUCCCACUGAAUGGAGCGCAGUGUUCUGUGAAUGGUAUUCAGAUUACAGAACCCACACACCUCAACCAAGGUGCUGUUAUAUUACUUGGGAGAACUAACAUGUUUCGCUUUAACCACCCUAAAGAAGCUGCUAAGCUAAGAGAGAAAAGAAAGAGUGGACUGCUGUCUUCCUUCAGCUUGUCUAUGACUGAUCUUUCUAAAUCUUGUGAGAAUUUGUCAGCAGUUAUGCUUUAUAAUCCAGGGCUAGAAUUCGAGAGACAGCAACGAGAGGAACUUGAAAAAUUAGAAAGUAAAAGGAAACAAAUAGAAGAGAUGGAAGAAAAACAAAAAUCUGACAAAGCAGAACUUGUAAGAAUGCAGCAAGAAGUAGAGUCACAGCGCAAAGAGACAGAAAUAGUUCAGCUGCAAAUCCGAAAACAGGAGGAGAGUCUGAAACGAAGAAGUGUGCACAUUGAAAGCAGGUUAAAGGAUUUACUGGCUGAAAAAGAAAAAUUUGAAGAGGAGAGAUUGCGGGAACAACAGGAGAUAGAACUUCAAAAGAAAAAGCAGCAGGAGGAAAUUUUUGCCCGGGUCAAAGAGGAAUUGCAGCGACUACAAGAACUUAAUCAUAAUGAAAAAGUAGAAAAAAUGCAGAUUUUUCGUGAACUAGAAAAACUGAAAAAGGAAAAAGAUGAGCAGUAUCUUAAGCUGGAAUCAGAAAAAAAGAGACUUGAAGAACAGGAAAGAGAGCAGGUGAUGCUGGUGGCUCACCUAGAGGAACAGCUUCGAGAGAAGCAGGUCAUGAUAGAGCUCCUGAAGAGAGGGGAUGUGCAAAGACUAGAAGAAGAGAGAAGAAAUCUUGAAGAGAUCAGAGAAUCUCUUCUGAAAGUCAAGGAAGCUCGAUCUGAAGGUGAUGAAAACCAUGAAGAAUUAGAAAAAGCACAGCAUGAUUUCAUAGAGUUUAAAAGGAAACAGCUGGAACAGCUGGCUAUUUUGGAAAAAGAUUUAAUUCAACAAAUGGAUCACCUAGAAAAGGAAAUAGCAGAUGAAAAAAGCGCUCUGGAGCACUUAAAAUUUGCACAUGAAGAACAUGUAAAUCUCAAGAGAGAUGAUGAAAACUUUAUGGAUGCCAUACUCAAGGCUGAAGAAGUUGACAAGAUAAAGCCAGUGGAAUACAGGCUCCAAUCUAAAAUACGCCAGCUUGAGUACCUGAAGAGUAAUCAUUUGCCAGCUCUGCUGGAGGAAAAACAAAGAGCUUCUGAAGUCCUUGACAGGGGCUUGUUAGGGUUAGAUAAUACUCUCUAUCAAAUAGAGAAAGAAAUAGAAGAAAAAGAAGAGCAGCUUGCCCAGUACAGGGCUAGCACAAAUCAGCUGCAGCAGCUACAAGAAACCUUUGAAUUCGCAGCCAAUGUAGCCCGGCAGGAAGGAAAGGUUCGGAAAAAGGAAAAAGAAAUCCUUGAAUCAAGGGAAAAGCAGCAGAGAGAGGCACUGGAGCAAGCUGUUGCUAAGUUAGAAAGGAGGCAUUCUGCUUUGCAGCGUCGUUCCACCAUAGACUUUGAAAUUGAAGAGCAGAAACAGAAGCUGGCCACCCUGAACAACAGCUGUGGUGAACAGGCAGGGCUGCAGGCAAGUCUGGAAGCUGAACAGAAAGCUCUUGAGCAAGACCGAGAACGCCUGGACCAGGAAAUUCAGCAGCUGAAGCAAAAAAUAUAUGAGGGUGAUGGAGCUCAGAAAGGAAACCAUGGAAUAUUAGAUGAGAGACUCUCCCAUAGCACUUCCCCUGCCAGCCCAACAAAGGCACAGACACCUGCUGCCCCACUGGUUGAUGAUAGGAUAAAUGCCUUUAUUGAACAAGAAGUGCAGAGAAGGCUGCAGAAUAUUCAUCACAAAGCUGAGGACAAUCAUGUUAGUGCAUCCUGGUCUGCAGAAAGUUUCAAGGAUAAUGAGAGGCAUAAUAACAGCAGUAUUCAACGCAAGUUGAAGUAUGAGCGGAUGGUCUGUCGUUCACUGGGAGCAAAUCCAGAUGACCUAAAGGACCCAAUUAAAAUUAGUAUUCCACGGUAUGUCCUGUGUGGGCAGGGAAAGGAUGAGCACUAUGAGUUUGAAAUAAAGAUACUCCAUUGUGGCAGAAAAUACAUCACCUCAUCAGCAGCCCUAGAAAACGACAAAACAUCUCUGCCAAAAAAGACUGUCUGCCAAGCGCUUCCAUUGCCACUGCAGGAAGUGGGAGAGGGAGGGAGAAAUGUGCUUCAGAAAUUCCAUGGAAGGAGAAUAAUUUCCCUUACUGCCUGUCCAGUUCCACGGUUACGCCUUGCAUUGUCGCAAAACAUUCAUCUCGUUGUCAAGGUUGCCACUUUAGAAUUCCCUCCAAAGAAGCUCUUUGGAAACAAGGAUGAGCGAGUGAUUGCAGAACGGCGGUGUCACUUAGAGAAAUACCUCAGGAGCUUUUUCUCUGCAAUGCUGAAAUCUCCAUCAUCUCCACUGAACAUUGAUAAAGUGGGGCUAACAUUGUCAAAAUACACCAUCUGUGAAUUCUCACCCUUCUUCAGGAAAGGCGUUUUUGACUACAGCAGCCAUGGGACCAGCUGAGUUUUGGGCCAGGAUCCUUAUGCUGGAGGAGUAAAGUUGGAGUGCUGCCUUCACUUUAGUGCAAGAGGAAUGAGGGAAAGAAAAAACACAUGUCUCCUCCAUACCUGGAAAGGUGCAUCCAAACAGCGCCAAUUUGGGACAGCCACGCCCCCACUCUAACCUGUGUCCUUUACCAGCUCCCAAGUCAGUGCCUGCAUUCUCCUGGCAUGGGGCAUACAGACAUUUCUGUGUAAGUUGCUCUGUUAAUACUGUACAAAGAUUCUGACUCUUGUAAUGAGUUUGGAUCCCCUUCUUGGCAGCAGUGCUUCCUUCCCAUUUGCUCAGAUAAUUUGUUCUGGCCGUUUGAGAGCAUCUCAUGUUUACCAUGGCAGUGUGUUGUGCUGACAGAGGGUUUCCAAGUGGCCUUUUGGUUUCUGUCCAAGCUGUUCCUUAAAGAACAGUUGCUCUUUUGUUUCUUUAUAGCACAGUGUCAUGUUUAAGGUAAUGAUCAUACUCCACUGUUGUUUCAUUUUCUUUCCCUUCUAGAUACACUGAGUAUUGACUGUAUAAUUGUAUAGUUUUUCUCAGAAGAAUUAAAGGGCCUGGGUAACUUGAAUGCUUACAAAAAUAUAUGCACCAGGAAGAAUAUAAUUUGAACCCUGUCAGAGUCCUCCAUACUUAGUUGUUUGGAGGCUGAACAAAUAAUUCACCGUUAUUAAAAAAGCAAAGGAAGCAAUAGUUACCAAAUAACAUGGUCAGCAUCUUUUCAGAUUUCGUAAUCAUUCAGACUGGAAACGGAACUCUGCACUGUACAGAGCUCAUAGCUAUGCAUAAAGCUGAUGCAAAGUGCUAUAUAUUGUUUUUUAAAUAGCUUCUUCACAAUAGUUAUAAAACCUGAGGUUUAUUUGCAUCAGUUAAAAUUUACAGGAUUUAAAUAAUAGUACUUUAAAAUGACUCAGGAUUUAUUCAGACUUGCACAUAUAUAUACAGGUAGAACUAAUUUUAUAUUGCUGCAGAUUCAAAACUAUGUAUACACUGUGACUGGAAUUGAGUAUGUGUACAUGUUAAUGUAUAAUUGGUUGUAUAAAAAUCAGAAUUGAAUUACUUCCAGUUAUUAAAAUGCAUAAUGAAAGGUUU